UCUAUAUAGACUAGAUCAGAUGAGGUCCGCAAUCGCACGAUUUUGGAGAGAAUGGCAGCAGCUGGAGAGGAGGUGAAGUUGGUGGGUGGAUGGGCAAGCCCCUUUGUGGUCAGGGUGGGGAUCGCCCUCCACCUCAAGGGGGUCGGCUACGAGUUCUUGCAAGAGGAGUUCGGGAAAAAGAGCGAGCUCCUCCUCAAGUCCAACCCUGUCUACAAGAAGAUCCCCGUCCUCAUACACAAUGGCAAGCCCAUUUGCGAGUCCAUGAUCAUCGUCGAGUACGUCGACGAGGUAUGGGCCAGUGCGGGGCCUUCGAUCCUCCCCGCCGACCCCUAUGAUCGUGCCAUGGGUCGCUUCUGGGCUGCAUACAUCGAUGAUAAGUUUCCUUCAUCCAUCAGGACAAUAAGAGGAUUAAAUGAAGAGGCCAAGGCAGAAGCAGCGGAACAAGUAGCUACUGCGCUUCAACUAUUGGAAGAUGCAUUUGCAAAAUGCAGCAAAGGAAAGGGCUUCUUUGGCGGGGAGACUAUUGGCUAUUUAGACAUUGCCUUGGGGAGCUACUUGGGAUGGAUAAAGGCGGUAGAGAAGAUGGCAGGCUUCAAGGCAUUAGAUGAGGCAAAGACGCCUAUGUUGGCUGGAUGGGCAGAGCGCUUUUGCUCUGAUGAUGCGGUAAAGGAAGUGAUGCCUGAGGCAGACAAGCUCAUAGAGUUCGCCAAGAAGAUUCAAGCUAUCAUGAAUGCUGCUCCUGCCCGCUGAAACAUACAUUUGUCAACUUAUGGUAGAUAAUAAUCAUUGUAAUUCUUGUAGUACUGUGCACACCUUCAAGCAUUGCUUGAUCUUGGCACAGGCAAUGCACAUGGAAAAACAUGGAUGGUUUAAUCAUACGACGCAUGUAGAGCGUGGGGUAAUUUUCUUUAUAAUAUGUUGAUCAUGAUAAGAAAUGUCAGCAGUUAAUAGAUGCAUUUUGAGAUGAGGUUCUUAGGAUUA